CAAGGGAUCUGACAUCCUCUUCUGGACCCAUGAUUACCUGCACUCACAGGCACGAUUAAAAAUAAUAAAAACAAACCUUAAAAAAGAAAAGGAGAACACUUCUCCCAGUUGUGUCCCUGCUGGGCUCCAGGCCACUGCUCUGGAGCAAGGCUAUGACUAUGACACCUUUCCUAUCUUCUCAUCGGAUUUGCUGUCUUAUGUGCGUCUUAAUUGUUGACUAUCCUUUAGAACUGGAUUUACCAGAAAACAACGACUGCACGCUUUGGAAGGGUCCAUCUCUCUAAGCCCUGUUUGUGUCAUCGGGCACAUUGGGAAUGCAUUUAAUGUUUGGCAGGAACACUGGGCAAUGGAAUCCUUCUCUGGAGGAUGCUACCAUGGAAACAAUUAGAGGUCUGCCAAUGCCGAUGAAGACACACUCAUUUAAUAAUCUGGAAACUGCUCUCAAACACGCAAGAGGACAUUGCCAGGCUGACACAGCAACACUCUUUACAAUGAAUAGCAAAUUGGAAUGUUGGAACAACCACAAUGGCCGAAGGAGAGGGAUGUGCAGGUUGCACACGCUCAUACAAUUGUAUGCUAUGUAACAGCAUGCCUGUAUGAAGAAGGACGACACCUCGAAUGUUUAAAUCCCACAAUUUGGGCAUGGAGGAUAGUUUCAGGAAGCCGCGAGAAGAUUCCUUCCUCGUUUGCUGCUUACAUGACACGACUUGCUUGGAAUUACGUUGCCCUUAACAACUGCACGGCACACACUUAACCGGAAAGACAUGAAAGUGAAAAGCAGAGCGGACAAGGGAAGAGACUGAAUUCAUAAAGUUCUCCCAAAGCAGGCUUUCUACUGGCCGUCACAAGCAAAGCUAAAGUUGUUCUUUGGACCUCUCUGCAAGUGCUCAUUCGUUUCCUUCCUACCUGCUGUUCUGGGAGAUUCUGCAGGCAAAAAUGUUACAGUUUCUCAUUUUCAUUUUUAAAACUUUAAUCAGUCCUGUGUUAAUUGUUUACAUGACUGGUGUUCGGUUUAUACUGAUCAAAUCUAGCCUCCCCUUACCGGUUUCUUCCACAUUUGAGUUUUCUUUUUAUUUAAAUUCCAUACUAGCAGAACCUGUAGUAUCUGUUUCUUAGACUGUUUUCUUAUUUUGCUUAAUAUCAUGUUGUUUGUUGAAAAGCUCGAAAUCCUCAAAUCUGUCCUGUAUCCCAAGCCCAAUGAUUGAUUCUUCAUGAGUCAAAAAACUUAUUCGACACAGAGAGAAUCAUCCCGCAAGUCUCAAAAUGGGGAUGUUGCCCUUGCUGCUUUGCGGGGUGUCUUUCGCGCUUCCACAUUUUGUAACAGCAGGGAGGUGUAAAGAUGCUGAUAUGUACUAUGAGAUCAUUUCAGAGGGCCAGCCUUUUGCUUUCAAUUGCUCAUACCCUCCAGCAACAAACGGGGCAGUCAGUCUGACAUGGUACAAAACACCCAACCAAAGUCCACUCUCCCAUAACAGACAGCUUAGAAAUCACCAGGAUGGGACCUGGAUUUUGUUUCUUCCCUUGGCAAAUGAGGACUCGGGCAUCUACCAGUGUGUUAUAAGGGAUACCCACAGCUGUUACCGAAUAGCUGUGAACCUAACUGUUUUUAGGAAGCAGUGGUGUGAUUCUUCCAUGGAGAGCCCCAUAAGUUCAUCGGAUGAGUAUCAACAAACCUUACCCAUGGGAAAAUCAGGCAGUCUGAUGUGUCAUCUGUACUUCCCAGACAGCUGUAUUUUGGAUUCAAUAAAGUGGUAUAAGGGUUGUGAAGAGAUUAAACCAGGGAAGCAGUAUACUUUUUCGGGAACAAAGCUUCUUGUGAACAAUGUCGCUGCAGAGGACCGUGGGAGCUAUUCGUGCACGGCCAGACUCACACACUUGGGGAGACAGUUCAUGGUUAGAAAUUACAUCGCUGUGAGCAUCAAGGAAGUUGUGUCCGGAGGAAGGAUUCCUAAUAUCACAUACCCAAAAAACAACUCCAUCGAAGUUCAACUCGGAUCCACCCUGGUUGUGGACUGCAACAUAACAGACACGAAGGAGAAUACGAACCUGCGCUGCUGGAGAGUCAACAACACCCUGGUGGAUGACUACUACCGUGACUCCAAACGCAUCCGGGAAGGAUUUGAAACCAAUGUUUCUUUGAAGGAUCACAUUUCGUACACAGUGAACAUCACAUUCUUAGAAGUGAAAAUGGAGGACUAUGGCCUUCCUUUCAUAUGCCAUGCUGGAGUGUCCACAGCCUACAUCAUGUUGAAGCUCCCAGUUCCAGAUUUCCGGGCUUACCUCAUAGGAGGGCUCGUGGCUUUCCUACUUUUGGUCGUGUCUAUCCUGUACAUCUACAACAGUUUUAAGAUUGACAUUGUGCUUUGGUACAGAAGCACCUUCCACACUGUCCAGGCUCUAGAUGAUGAGAAACUGUAUGAUGCCUACGUCUUAUACCCCAAGUGCCCAAGAAAAAGUCAGGGCCAUGAUGUGGAAACAUUGGUGUUGAAGAUCCUGCCUGAGGUGCUGGAGAAGCAGUGUGGAUAUAAGUUAUUUAUAUUUGGCAGGGAUGAAUUCCCUGGUCAAGCUGUGGCCAACGUCAUUGAUGAAAACAUUAAACUGUGUAGGAGACUGAUUGUCCUCGUGGCACCAGAAUCAUCCGGCUUCGGCUUUCUAAAGAACAUGUCAGAAGAACAAAUCGCUGUCUACAAUGCCCUCAUCCAGGAUGGCAUGAAGGUCAUUCUGAUUGAGCUGGAGAAAAUCAAGGACUAUAGCAUCAUGCCCGAGUCCAUUCAGUACAUCCGACAGAAGCAUGGGGCCAUCCAAUGGGACGGGGACUUGACAGAGCAGUCACAGUGCGCCAAGACCAAGUUCUGGAAGAAAGUAAGAUACUGUAUGCCAGCCAGAAGGUAUCCACCAUCUCCCCCAGUCCAGCUGCUGAGGCACACACCCUGCAGCUGCACAUCAGGCAAAUGGGAUGCUGCCACAGAGCUUAUAACUUUCUGACAGAGAGUGGUCGUCGGUGUGUGUGGUGACUCAUAGCUACAUCCUCUUUCUGUUGUCUACCCCUACAGCUUGCUCUUUUGUGCUGUGAGUGACUUUGUUCUUGUCCUUGUUGGAUUUUUUUUGGAUGCUUUUAGUCAGACCUGAUUCUUUAGCACUCCUGUUUGCUUCAUGGCUCUUGGACACCCAUAUUCUCUCCUGAGCAUGGGGUACCUAUGACACUGGGUCCCCAUGCCAGUGGGAUACAGUGGAUGGUCAAAAUGACAGGUCAGGUGGCAAGGAUGCUUGGUCCAUGUCGGGGAUGGGAGGUUAGGCAGCCUGAGGAUACCAAGUGGGCAGCCUUGGGGAAGGCCAGCAAAGACAGUAGCACAGUAUCUGUGCUUGUCUAGUGUCUACCAGGCUUUGGUCCCCAGGCAGUGUAGAUUGCAUCUGAAUUUCCUCCACACUCCCACUGCAGUUAGAUAGCUAACCGUAGCUAGCAUGAUGCCCCUGAAAGCCACUUCGACGUCACUUGGGCCAAUGGACUCCAAGCUUUGAAAGAUAAUCUGUCAAAAUGGAAUUAAGAAAGAAAAUUUCUACUUUUUAAAGAUGCUUUGCCUGCCAGAAUUCUGAGGAACAUUUGAGAGAUACAAAUUACAGCUCUGUGGUGAUGCAAUUCUAACCCCAGUAAAUCUAUGUGAGCUUUU